UUCUUAGCGCCCGAAGUACUGACGGAGACGUCCUAUACGCGAGCGGUCGACUGGUGGGGCUUCGGUGUACUUAUAUUCGAGAUGCUUGUCGGAGAGUCUCCGUUUCCCGGCGACGACGAGGAGGAGGUGUUCGACAGUAUAGUCAACGAUGAGGUCCGUUACCCGCGAUUCCUAUCACUCGAGUCCAUAGCCAUUAUGAAACGGUUAUUGCGUAAAAAUCCCGAACGAAGACUCGGUUCCAGCGAACGGGACGCCGAAGACGUGAAAAAGCAGGCCUUCUUUAGACACAUCAAUUGGGAAGACCUGAUCACCCGUAAGACUCGGCCGCCAUUCGUGCCGACCGUCAAAUCGCCGGAAGACGUGACCAACUUUGACGAGGAGUUCACGUCA